CACAUUGGAAGCGUGUAACGGGAGAGAUUCUAGAGCACUUCUGAAUGAAGAAUCGCUCUCCACUGAGUAAAAAAAAUAACUGUUUCAAUCGUGUGUUCCACUGGACGAACAAUAAAUCCAUGUGUGCAUUGCCGACAGACAAGUGGAUUUGGGGUUCGUUGGAAUAGAGGUAAGCAGAACCGGGUUCUGCAGGAUCCGGAGUUCGAGAACGAUUACUACCGUGUUCUGUGCACCACGUGAAUGAGCCUCUCUGGUGAGACACUGGAUUGAUUUAAGGAAAGGUGAAGAUGGUGCGGCUGGAGCUGGAUCAGGUGGUGAUGAGGAGGAUGAAGGAGGAUGACAUCGAGAUGGUCAAACAGCUCAUUAAGGAGGGCUGUGAGGGAACAGAGAACCGUCUCAUCCUCCACAUUCUCACUCGUCCUCUCUGCCUUUUCAUCCUGGCAGUUUGCUCCUCCAUUCUACGUUGCCUGGUGCACUCUUUUAUACUGGCACUGGCUAUUCCUGUCUUCCUGCUAAUUAUCUUCCUGAAAAUUACCAUGCCACGCUCCACGGGGGUCCUGGGCAGCAGUCGCCCCUACUGGGACUAUGUGGGUAGCAGCUUCAGGGGGGCGCAGGAUGAGGUUCUUGAGAACCCCUACUGCCGGAUCAGCGGCAAGACAGCCAUGACCAAGAAGACAAGACGCAAAGUCCGACCCAAGGAAUCGGACAAGGAGGCGUCACCAGAGAAAAUAACUCCAGAGCGGGAGCAAGCGGCCGGGCAGGUCUGGGUGGCCGACUGUGAUGGCGAGGUCUUGGCUUGUAUGUUCCGUGAGAGCGAGCACCGAGCGGGUGAGAGAAGAGUCUGCAGGGUGGUGGUGGGCAGCUGGUAUCGCAGGGAGGGCCUGGGUCGCCUUCUUGUCCAGAGUUUAGAGAAGAAGGAGAGAGGAAGUGGAGCACGCAGACUCUACGCACACGUCCCCUUUCCCUCUAAAGUGGGGGAGGUCUUCUUUAAGAAACUGGGUUAUAAGCAGCUCGGGGAAACAUCUACUGAAGAGGAUGAAGAGGUGACACUGGAGACUCCAGACAGAGGAUUCCUGAGCUACCCCCUCACAAAGGUGUUUUAUAAAGACUUGUGAUUCAUGAAGGAAACCGUUGUAUUUAAAGACUUGGUUAUGACUGGAUGUAAAUCCUCAAUUAUCUUAUUUAUGUCACUAUUUAUUUGCAAAUAUUUAUGUUGAUAUUUUGUUGAAGUGUUGAUCAUUUUCAUUCAAUACUCUGUGUGUGUUUGCACACCUGAGUGAGCGCGUACGUUGUUUCUUUGUUGCCUCCAUGCAUUUACUCAUCACUUACAAAGUCAAACGUUUUAAAUGCGUUUCAAUUUGACUCGCUGAAGCUCUGAGUGAAAGUAACUACAAUGAUGUGUCAAAACUGUGCAGACGUACUGUAACGGAAGCGUAGGUGGGUUGAAAAAAUAUGCAAAAAUGUUUGUGUUCAGUCAUUGCUUACAAGUGCUCCUUCUCCUGCGAGUUCAGCUCCAAAUAAGGCAGUAGAAAUUAUUUGUGAUAAGUUUACAAUGUUCGUCAUGAUGAGUCAGUAAACUGUUCAGAGAAAAGAAUCAGAGAAGCAGUCACUGCAACAUGAAAAUAUCUGACUUCUCUUGUUGCACUUUUGCGCGGUAGUUUUAGUUUGCUUUUUUUUUUAUCUUAAAUUGCUGCAACAUUACAGUACAUGCAUGGUAAAUUAAAGAAUGCUGGGUUUAUCAAAUCUUGGACUUUGAUUUGCUUCACACUAUUGAUAAGUAUUUCUAUCAAAAUGGUA